AUGACGCGCGCGCGCGUGUCGCGUCCGGAGUUUCCCGUGAAAGACGACCGCCCCGCCGGCACGAGAAGGGGCCGCAAGGGCAAAGACCGAUUCGGCGAAAGAUUCCAAGAAGAUCGGUCGUUCGGUAUCGGACGGGGUGCGGGCGGCGGACAGCGAAAAUCUAAUGUUUCGCGGACCGCGGGGAUUCGGGCGCGGCGGGGCCGCGAGAAACGGUCGGACGCCGAAAAGGGAUCUGAGGCGUUGUCGGCCGCUGGAGGCGUCGCGAAAGUGGAAGAACGUCGCGUGACGGACGCCAGAAAAUCGGUACGAAAACGGCUACGAAUUUCGUAG